GGACUUUUCACAUCCCCUAAAGAAAACUAGUUUUUGGCAAUUUCCACUCUUUCUUCAUUCGUGAAUCAGUCUCAUCUCUCUCACCUCAUUUAGGGCUCCAGAUCUUUCCUUUUUGCCAAUUUCUCCAUAAACUUCAUCGCUUCACCUCUAAUUACAUCGAUCUCUACUUUCUCACAUUUCAGAAAUCGAUUUCUUGCGUGUGAUUCUGUGAGUUCAUUGCAGUUAGAAGAUGGCAGCCAAAUACAUAGUAGGUUCUUUACUUGGAGCAUGUGGAGUUGCAUAUAUUUGUGACCAUCUUAUUUCUGACAAGAAAAUAUUUGGAGGAACAACUCCAAGUACUGUUUCAAACAGCGAGUGGUUGGAAGAAACUGACAAAAAAUUCCAAGCAUGGCCUCGUACAGCCGGUCCACCUGUAGUCAUGAACCCCAUCAGUCGCCAAAAUUUCAUCGUCAAAACCCGCCCUGAAUCUUAAAUGUUACUUGGGUUGUCAACUUUUACAUUCGGUUCUGUUUUUGGAAAUACUUCCUAGUCAUUAAGCAGUUCUAAUCUGCUUUAUAUUUUGAGCGGAGAAACUUAAUGAUUUCUUGUUUGUUUGUUGUGAUAGGCACAUUCUUAUUUCCUGUUUAAGUUGCAUCAUUGGCUUCUUAUGUUGAUGGUGUCAGGACGUUGAUUCUAAAUAAAUCAGUGAAAAAAGAAACUUCCUCUCGUGUCUCUUUUAGACAAUGUAGAAUGAUCAUUGUUCUUAUUUUUACUUUGAUUUAUGAGAUUUGAAUGUCUGGUCCAAUUCUUUGUAACUGGACAAUCACUAAUAAAACUUGUUUCCUUUA